AAACAACCGACCGUUUAGUUGGUCAGACAACCUAAGAAAUUUACAGACACUGAUUAACUUCUUACACUUAACAACCGAUAAAUUUCAUCACUUUUUCUAUCUUCUAUCUAAAAUAUAUAACACAUCCCUUCCUUCAAACCCUAUAACAUUUUCUAACUCCAGCAACUAUAUACACCUUUACAAUGGCAUCAGAAGAUGAAGAAAAUCUAGAAUCUGGUUCCCAUGUUGUUCGUGAGACCAAACCAAACAAGGAUUGGAUCCUUUUAUCCAUUAGGAUAAUUACAUUCUUGGCCACUGCAUCAGCUACAAUUGUUAUGGCACUCAACAAACAAACCAAAAACUUUGUUGUUGGCACCAUUGGUAGCACUCCAGUUACAGUUCCUCUUGUUGCAAAGUUUCAACACACUCCUGCUUUUAUAUUCUUUGUGGUAGCUAAUGGAAUUGUGAGUGUCCAUAACUUGGUGAUGAUAGCAAUGGAGAUAUUAGGACCCAAAUUUGAUAACAAAGGACUCCAACUUGCACUAAUUGCAGUAUUAGACACGAUGGCGUUGGCUCUUGCAUCAGCUGGAGAUGGUGCAGCAACAUCUAUGUCAGAAUUGGGAAGGAAUGGUAAUUCACAUGCAAAAUGGAAUAAAAUAUGUGACAAAUUUGAGACUUAUUGCAAGAGAGGUGGUGGUGCAUUGAUUGCUUCAUUCAUUGGCCUCGUUUUUCUCCUCCUUGUUACAGUCAUAUCCAUCAACAAGCUCCUCAAACUAAAUCGCAAUUAACAGCAUUAUUGAAGUUCCUUGAUGCUAAUUAAGACUACAUCAUUGUGUAGACACACAUACAUCUGUGCUUGAAGAAAAAGAAUAGUCAUUUAAUUUUGUAUGAACAAAGUUUAUUAAA